AUGUAUGUGCCCCUGCUCCACCGGAGCACCCAGAUGGUGCUACUGAAGAGGCAGAUCCGCCGGAAGGCUAAGGAGUUGCGACUGCGAAAGCGUCACGCCCACCACCGCCUACAGGUGAUGCGUAGGAUCCGUGACCACCUGCUAAGCCGGAUGCGGAACUCCAUAGACCACCGGCAACGGGAUGCGGAGCAGAGGAGGAGGGAACAGGCACGGAGGGCAGUGGGCGGUAUGCUGUCCAUGUACAAGCACUGGCUGCGCAACUGGUCAACAGCGUUGAGGCUACAAAGUCGGCUAAUUCGGCAGCAGGAGCAGGUGAAAGUGGGCCUGCGACGCAGACUUCGACACUUGAGGAAGCAGCUGAAGAAAGUGCGACAUCCACAGACUCUGGUGGACAAGUGUUUCAAUCGACUGUUCAAGGCGGUCAGAAAGUGGCAAAAGCGAUCGGAUUACUACGAGCUCAUCAAGGAUCAAGACAAAGUCUGGGAGGCAGAGGCCCAGGAGGUGCGGAACUACUUGUCGGAUGUUCGGGGAAGGCGACCCCGGAAGACGAAACGUCGUAGGGUUAAACAGAAUAGCGAAAUCGAGGACUUUGCUCACUUCUGGAACACUGAAGUGGUGCAAAAGAACGCUUUGAUCAAGAAACAAAUGGCCAUGGUAGGAAGAAAACCAGACUUGGAGAUGGAUGCAACACGCGAAAAAACAAGGAAACCCAAGAGGAAAAAGAGGAAAAUCAUGCCCAAGAAGAUUUAUUUCAGUUUAGACGAUCUCGUAGUUCGCAGAAAAGUGAAGAAAAUUAGAAAGGCUAUUCGGAGGCCAAGGAAACCAGAUCCAUUGAAGCCAUCUUUCGAUGAACUGAAAAUGCUGGUACAAGAACUAAUAAGAUUCAACUGGAAAAAAAAAGUGCUCAAACACCCGAAAAUGAGCAGAAAAGCCAUCGGAAAAGAACACAAAGUUAUUUUUGGCAAAAUGCCAAGCUUGUCCGAUCUGCCCACCUUAAAACCGCAAAUACGAAUUAAAAAGAUUUGGAAGAGGAGCCGGAAAGUGGGUCCUAAAAAUGUAGACAUGCCCCAGGAGCAGCUCACCGUUCCCGAUCCGAAAAUCCCUCAAUCGAAAUCUCGAAAGCAUAGAAGGCGCAAAAUGCACUAUGUGGAUAGGAUUAUUAAAGGCGAAUUGAAUGCAAUCCUGGAGGCGAAGGCAAGGAAAAAGGCUACUCAUGCUGCAAAAACUAGCGCAGCUAAAACUAAACAAAAGGAAAGCAAAGAAUUGGAAAAUCAGGAAAACUUAGUCUCACUAUUGUACAGCGAUUUGCCCCCGUUUAUGCGGCGUGAAAUUGAGCGGAAAAAUCAGAACAAACUGCGUUCGAAAUUGGUGAAAACUAGUUCGAGUAGUUCGACUGCGUCCAAAGAGGUUUUCAUUGAAUCCGAAAAAGUCAAUAAAAUGGAAAAGCCCAAAAUAGUGAGUAAGCUUCCCAGUUCGGGCAGUGCUUCAGAAAUCAAGAAUCGAUAUGAACUACCUGCCGAGAACAGCCUUUCCCAAGUGUUUUUCAAAAGGGAAAGCGUUGUGUCCCUUAGUGACUCCAUAAAUAAGUUCGUUAUGGCCACUCGAAACCGAAAAUUUACCCGCAGAUCUAUUCGCAUGCCACCCAUAAUACCCAAGAAGAUACGUGUUGCUCCGCCAAAAGGCCAGAACGAAAGUCACUACCAGUCCUUAAAGAAGGACAUCAUGUACAUCCACACUAGCCACGAGGAUCUAGGCGCACUGAGAAUGUCCAACCGGCAAGCCAAUCGUAGUACAGCCAGCGAAUCCGCUCUACACAGCCACACUUCUGCUCACCGAUCUCCCAAAUCGCCCUCCAAAAGUAAGUUCAAUUAUGAUGUCCUGCCAAACGAUCUCGAUAAGAUACUUGAGCCUGUGCGAGAUGGCUACGACAGAACGGAAAAAUCACCACAGGAGUUCCACUACGCCAAGGCUGUGGAGUCCGAUGUGGAACGGUUUCAUUUGACAGAUCUGCACUCGGAUGCAAAGUACAGACACUUGCAGUCCUCCCUGAAGGACGUUAUAGAGAAAAACAAAAUCAUUGAGUAUAUUGCGGAUGUCAAUGGACUGAUGCAGGACGUAGCCAACCAUGACAUGUGGUCCAACCUCCAGAGCCUCUACAACGAACUCGAAGAAUCGGGACUCACGCUGGAGGAAAGAAAGGAAAUGCUCGCCCUCAAGUACUUGGAGUAUCUUAACGAUGUAGUGACCCAGAAGAGCUAUACGCGGUUGGAGCCGCCACGGGACAAUUUGCUUAGAGUCGUGGAUUCCGAGUUUCUGAAAGGGAAACAGAAGAGCCAGGUGGACCGCUUGAUGGAGCGCAACUGGUGGACUAGGCACCGGAACAGCACACGGGUCAUACCCUUUGGCAUGCGUGGACUCAGGGGGAGCAGAAGUAACACAUCUCACAGCCGCCGCCAGUCGCAGGAAAUGAGAAUGGACAGCGUCCUGCACAGGAAGCUCCUCGAGCAGGAGCUAAAGGCGGAGCGACUGGAGCGCGAGGAGCGCAGAAGGAGAACAUUAAGCAGCUUCUUGGGUUCAACUUUUAGCCUGAACCCCAGCUUGGAUCUGGCGCCCAACGAUGAGCAGGAUGUGCGGGACAUCGAGUGGCGGUACUCCCUAAACAACAUCAAGGGCAUGAUGAACCACCACCUUCAGAUGUUCCAGGCUUUGGCGCGCAAGACGCGAGCGGAGCAGCUGAUCCACAAGGAUAUGGAGGGAAAGAUGGGCGAAUUGUAUUCCUCGACUCAGUUUCGACGUCAUAAACCGGAGUCCACCACUCUUACGCUGAGGAAGAAGCGUAGAAAUCUUAGGCCCAUCGAGGAGCUAUACUACUCACCCCGGAAAACAUGUCGCCUGCAGAAGAUCUCCGGUUCCUCGGACUGUUUGGCAUGCGAGUGCCAAGAGCAGGAAAUCGGGGCUUCGAUGGUCCUGGAGAAGUGUCCCCGCUGUGGAGUAAAGGUGCCCGUGCCCGCGCCCACUACUCCGUUCCCCAUGUCUUCCUCGUCCAGCUGCGAGAUCUUGUCCAGCGGAUCCAUAGAGGCCUGUGCCAAGAACCGUCUGCUAAUCAACACCCUCGAGGACCUUUGCACACGCUGUGGCUAUUUCCAUCAAAAGGGGCAUCUUUGUGCACACUCACCCUUGAAUAUGCGGAAAACCGAGCUCCUAAAGCGGAUUAGGAACACCGUACGUACUGCUCCCGAGUGUUCGACAAUCUGCUGUCCACGCGGGAUCCUUAAGGAGCCCAGCAGUUUUGAUCCUUGGCAGGAGGACAAGGAGUGCAAGGAGCGGACUGCGGGCUGA